CUGUAAGUUCGUCUACGUUGUUUCAUUUAAAAGAAACACUUUCCAUUUUAUUGUACCAAAGCCUCGACAAGUUCAGUUCUUCACUGAAUUCUGAGGCAUUGGUUGAAUUUAAGAAAAACCAUGUCGAAUCUCGAUGACGAUACGCCGAAACAAUACGCGGGGCACUUUCCCCCAACUGUGCCCACAGCCCCUCCGGUGGCGUCGACUGACGUGCAGAAUAAGAGCCCCGGUACGACGUUCGCGGUCUCGGAGAUCGUACAGCGAUGGAAGAGAGAGGAUUUCAUGAAGAGUGGCUCGUUGGCCUUGACAGGACUGGCUUUACUGUUUUCUCUGCUGUCUUUUAUCGUUAUGGCCGCGAACAAUCACGGCGACGGGAUGGACUUCAAUCAAUAUGAAACAUACAGAUAUGUGUUGGCAAUAGCAAUUCUGUCGACCGUGUACACCGGCGGGAAAGCGUUUCGACAAGCUCUUGAACUUUGGGCAGGAAAGCGUAUGUUUCAACAGCGUACCUCUGCCUUAAUCGGCUUCUUUGGAGAUCAGAUUAUGGCGUACCUGUUGAUAUCAGCAGCGUCCUCUGCUGCUUCCUUGACAAAUCUCUUAAGAGAGGCAAUAGACGGCAUCGUCGGCAUAGAUACAGACUCUUCAGCAGUAGCAUUUGUAGAUACUUCAUCAGCAAGCAUCACCAUGGCUUUCCUUGCCUUCUUCGCACUGGCGAUGUCAGCCAUGAUUUCAGGAUAUAAACUAUCUACUCAAUCUUAUAUUUGAGACGGCUUUGAAUUUUUUUUUUUUGUUGAUGGUUAAUGUGCUGUUAUUCAAUUGUUGUUUACUCUAUAUGUUUUGGAAUUUGGAGUGCGUGGAACAAGUACUGUUUCGAUGGAAUUCUGUUUUUCCCAGAAAGCCCAGUAAUUCAAAUGCUUGAAGGAGUUCUUGCAUGGAAAACUCGCAUUCUGUGAGUUUGGGUGUUUUACAACUCUACGUGUUGUCUAGCAAUACUAUGUUUCUCUGUUUUUUUUUUUCCUUUUGUCUACGCCAAUCUCGAAUAAGUACAGACAGUCACUAAAAACCCAUGUACUCCUUCUAUAAAAAAGAAUGAAUGAGAAGUAUAUUUAAAUUUAA